AGUGGAGGCAGACCCGCGGCGCUCUCGCAAUCCCCUCCACUGGCAAGCCUCAGUCGCACAAUGGCGCGGGCCGGAGAACGUCGUCCUUGCCGCUUGUAGGGGACGCCGGCCAAACCGUAGCGAGCCGUUGGACUGACUUCCGAGCCGAACUCCGACCUCAUCGUGAACAAGUGCAUCGGACCGAAAGCCAUAGCAACGGGUCGAGCAGACGACCGGUGUCCCCUACUCUGGAUACAUCUCCGUGGCGCCGCAGCGCUCCCUCUGGAUUUGGAUUACCGUGCCGCGAGUGUCAAAGUGCAAACCAGUGAUUCCUCAAGAGAGUGCGUCAUGAUCUUGUGAAAGUGUCGUCCGCGCGUUGGUUUCCCCGUUUGUGAACCUGAUCUGAUUCGCGAGUGCUGUGAAAGUGAGGUGUAGUUUCAAUGCAAGAGGAUACGAGCAGCAGUAGUCAUGAAGUGUCGGAGCUGCUGUUCAGGACCAAGGACCAGGGCCCCUCUGGGGUCGUCCCCGACGAGCCGGCCGAGGGGCCGGAGGGGUCUGACGGGUCGGAAGGCCCCGACGGGCCCGAAGGGUCGGACGUCCCCGACGGGGCUCCCCCGACUUCCGGUGGCCAUGGCUCUGCCCUGGGCAUGUUCAAGAACUUGUUGCCGGCGUUCGGGGCCCCGCUCACCCCGGUCACGACCUCGGCCAGCGGGCCAUGUCCGUCGGCCGGGGAACCCCCCGGCCUGUCCAUGCCCGCCCAGUCCCCCCUCAACGCCAUCGCAGACCCCUCGCCCCGCAUCGCCCCCGUCACCUUCGUCGCCAACAAGUACGUCCUUCUGGACAAGGUGGACGGCAGCUCGUUCUUCAACUGCAUCGACAUCAACACGCGAGAGCAGCUUGUCUGCAAGGUCGUGGGCCGCGAGGCAGGGUCGCUGCUGUCGGCACACUUCCGCGUCGACGGCCACCCGGGCCUGAACCCGCUCCGCGAGGUGAUGCUGGGCCCGCACGGCGCGCACGGCUCGCGCCACAUGUACCUCAUCUUCCCCGCCGCGCACGGCGACCUGCACACGCACGUGCGCACGCGGAGGCGGCUGCGCGAAUCGGAGGCGCGCCGCCUGUUCCGGCAGAUGGCCGAGUGCGUGCGGCACUGCCACGAAGCGGGCAUCGUGCUGCGCGACCUCAAGCUGCGCAAGUUCGUCUUCACGGACCGGCAAAGGACGACACUGAAACUGGAGUCACUGGAGGACGCCGUGGUGCUGGACUCGCCGGAGGACGACCUGCUGCAGGACAAGCGGGGCUGCCCGGCGUACGUGAGCCCGGAGAUCCUGCGGAGCCACACCCAGUACUCGGGCAGGGCGGCGGACAUGUGGAGCCUGGGCGUCAUCCUGUACACCACGCUGGUGGGGAGGUACCCGUUCAACGACACGGAGCACGCCUCGCUGUUCGCCAAGAUCAGCCGCGGCCACUACGUCAUGCCGGAGUGGCUGGGCCACAAGGCGCGCUGCCUGAUCCGCUCGCUGCUGCGGCGCGACCCCUCGGAGAGGCUGACGGCCGAGGACGUGCUGCGGCACCCCUGGCUGCAGCAGGACCGCGACGGCCUCGGCGACGACGCCGGCGGCGACCUCCAUCACCACCACCACCACCACGCCGACUCGGCCAGCGACCAACUCGUGCCGGACGUGAUGUAGGCCGAGGCCCAGGCCGAGGCCUACUCACCACCUGUUAUCGCCUCCCCGAUGAUGGCGACGACCUCGGUGUCCUCCACCUGCUCGCCGCCGCGGCCCGGCCGCCCGGCCGUCUGGCUGCGGCUCGGCAGAGCUCUGCACGACAGUGGAAGUGCAGCAAGUCCCCGCCAAGCUGCCUUAGCCGGCAGAAAUUAUUUUUAUUUUAUAAGUGGUUGGAACAAUGAAGAGUAUUUAUUAUCGAAAGCCAAUGAUUGCCAUACUCACACACGCACACACACACAAUGUAGGUAAUGUGAAAUGAGCUGUGUUCAAUUUUGUAGUGUCAAGAACGAUGAUGUUUUGUCGACCACCAUUCCUUGUUCUUGUCCCUUGUUGCAUGUCUCUUUCGAGUGAAACCAAACUUUGAAAUGUAUUAGCAUCUCUUACUUCGAUGUGAAGUACACUUUCGCCCCAUUGUCAAAAUUCAAUCAACAAGCAUCUCGUUAACUUGGUAAUUGUUGUUGCUGUCUCAAAGUCAGUGUGUGGACUAGUGUGUGUGAUCUGAAACAAGAUAUGUAUGUGCUAAUCUUGACCUGUAUGGUUUAGUGUAUGAAUUUAAUUUAAACUCAGUUUUGGCCUAUUUUAUAUAUUGCCAACUUUUGAAAAAUCUGUGAUAGAAACUUCAUUCAAUAUCAAAUCCAGAUUUUAUCCGUGACUGUUUCUCAUUUGUGAUAUCAGACAUUGAAAAAGGUCAGAAAUGUUAACUGAGAACAUUUGAGGUAAAACAUAGGAACACAUCACGUGGUUGCAAUCCUGAUUAUUGUAACAGUUUAUUAAGACAGCAAGACACCUGCCCAUCAUAUUUGUUUUGUGUUUUCAUUUACACAACACAGAUUGUUUUUUUUAAUCCAAUGUUUCAUUGUCUCUACAUUCCUCUUGUAAGUGACUAUGAUAACCAAAUUUUAUAAGGAAACGCUAUUUGAAUCCAGCAAGAGUUCAUUGCAUUUCUGUGAAAGUGCAUUAAUCUCACGUGCUCUGACUCAGCAGCAAUGUUGUAUUUUUAUAGAACCAAGCACUCUUGAAUGAGCUUGUGCCAUAGUUUUUCUUAAUGUGCACUUAAGCACAUCUUCAAACAAAAAAAAAUCUGAGUGAGAAUAAUUUUACAGAAAAGAGGCUGUGUCUUUUGUACUGCAUUUACAUCCUAUAGUUUACAUGGCCAUACAGAUCUACAGACGCACAAUUGUUGGACCAAAUGUGUCAGUUAGGUGUCACACAACUUAGAACAUAAAUAAUUAAGAAUUAGACAUACCUGCCUGCGUGUAACUUAUUUAUUGUGUUCAACUGGACAGAAUGAGAUCUCAAUUUGUUUUAAAAUUGUGUUGUUCCUUUAUGACAUGUUGUCUAUGUUGUGGUGGAUUAAAGUCAUAUUCUGCAACUUUCUUAAUGUAAGCUUUCUAUGAUUUCUCCCAAAAAUAAUUGGAAUGAAAACCACAAUGAAUAUUUAAAAAUAUUUGAGUAGUGAGUGAAAGGCAACAAAAUAAUUAGGGCUUCAAAUCAUCAUUUAAUUAGGCAGUUAUUAAAUUUGGUUUAUUUAUUAUAACUGUGCAUGUUGGUUUCUGAAGAACGGUGUUUUCUAUUAGGAAUUUGAAUUACAUAUUUUGUCCAGAAGUUAGAUUAAGAAUCUUUACCUCCAACUACCCCUAGUACUCCCAUUCAUAAAUUUCUCAACAUAUGUGAUACAAAUUAUUGCUUACAAGUAAAAGAUUCCCUCCUGCCUGAAUUUUUGUACAGGCCCUAUAAGAAUGGACUUUUUUUGUUUAGAAUCCAUCUGAAGUGGAAGCAUCUACAUUUUCUUUUAGACAUCAGUAUACAACACUUAAAGUUGUUGCUUCGCAUCAUUAAAAAAAAUGUUACGUGUCCCGUCUCCCUCUCUGUGGAUUUAGUCUUUUAUUAGCUCCUCAAGUUUGUUAUAGUAUCUAACAGUGUGCAUCCAUGUCCAUCAUUUCUUGUGAAAGAAAAGCAUUUCUUGUGAAUAUUUGUUGAAUAAUAAGUAUUUCAAAUACGAA